AUGCCUCGCUUCGCGGUCCCAGCAGCGCCAAAGUGCGCCAGGUGCAAUACUUCGGUGUUUCUCGCGGAGCAAGUCAUUGGUCCAGCGUCAAGACCCUACCACAAGACGUGUCUCACCUGUGUCGUGUGCAACAAGCGUCUCGAUUCGACCUUGCUCGUGGAGCACGACGGCGAACCUUACUGCAAAAACUGCCAUAGGGAGCAUCUGGGUACGGGCAAAGGUGGAUUCGCCAAAGCCGUCUCGCUCAAUCCGACAUCGCCCAAGUCGCCACGCUCUCCAGUGAACAAUCUCUCGAAUGCCACGCGAAGCCCGCUCAGCACUCCUUCUCGGGCAGGAGCUUCUCUGGCCCAGCAGCAAUAUAGUACACCCGAGACCACCCUCAGCAGAGGGCUGUCCGAUUCGGCGAGGCGCUCCCCGAGUCCAACCAAGUUCGCGCCAGGAGCAUCGCUCGUAGGAAGCCAGGACCAGGUGCCCGGCAUCAGUAUACGCUCGCGAGGGAUGGGCGCGACGAGUCCGCUUGCCUCUCCUCCGUCUCCCACCAAGGCUGCGCCGUCCUCGGUCUUCCCCGCUCGCUCCACUCCUGGACGCGCCGGCGGCUCAAAUAGCUCCACAGCCCCCAUCCGAUCUAUCGACGAGGCGAUUGCUGCGGGAAGCAUAGACAUGGACGAUCCUGUUGCACGAAUCCAGGCUGCCGUCGGGGGUAUGAGUCUCGGCAGCACGCCGUCCAGACCAACUCCUACCUUUGCCAACGACGACGACUUUGACGAGAACACGCAUGUGCCCGGGCCCAGCCAGUCUGUGACUGGCCACACCAUUCCCUCGGUGGACUACUACGCUACACCCUCACCACCUCCGGUCCAGAAUCGCGCCAGUCCCUCCACCAAGUCGCAGUACACCGAAGAAGCAUCGUUUGCAGAUGACGGCACACCCAUCACCAUCCAGACGCGGCGCAUCGCCGCUACAGACACGAUCGGAUCCAUCCGCUUCUCCGGCACGGCCAACGGAACAAACUCCCCCACGCCCGCGCCCAAAGUCAACACCCAGUCUCCGCUUGCAGCGAUCGGGCAACUGCCACCAGCGCGUCGACCGGACCCCAAAACCCUCACCGGCGCCUCUGGGACCGCCAAGAUUGCUCCUCCACGCACCCUCACCAACCCAGCCAUCGCCUCCUCCUCGAGCUCUGACGACCAGCUUGGCACGCGCCGCAAGAGCGGCAUCGACCGUAUUGGUCUCAGCUCGAGUAUCGUCGACGCCAGUGGCGGCACCCCGCUGUGUGCACGCUGUGUGCGACCCGUCUACUUUGCCGAACAAAAAGCCGCGGCGGGGCGCAAGUGGCACAGAGGCUGCCUGCGCUGCGACGGAUGCAACACGACGCUCGAGAGCGGCAAACUGGAGGAAGGCCCUGCGGAGAAGAGUCCCGCAGCUCCGCAGGGUGGAGCCAACGUGUGGUGCCGGAUCUGCUACGCCAAGUACUUUGGGCCCAAAAAUCUUGCGGUUGGCUUGUCGUUGCCUGAGACCAUGCGGUGA